ACCAAAACCAAUCGUGACUCUCUCGCACUCGUUUUCCCGCGCUUUGCGUCGGCUACAUGUAUUUGGAAGGAAUUUUGAUUGAUUCACUGGAUCGUCUGUGCCUUUUGUGAUUGGUUUAAUGGCACUCAAUUAAAAACCGCUUUGUGCAUUAGCAGGCAAAGAACGAAAUUGUACCCUUUGUUGCUUCAAUUGCUGAAUAAACCUUGGAGUGCUUGGAAGACUGUUUUAAAUAAUACAAGUGCACUUGGUUCUCACGGAAAAUGUUGUUUUUUGUAUUUCCACAUGGUCAGCGGGGACAACAAGUAAUGCAUUGUAUCGCCUUGUAUGGAGAGAGCCAUCAGACCAAAAGACAUCACUGAUAACAAUGAUAGAAAUUUCAGACUUUUCUUUUGGAAGAAGGUCCAUGACAGUGACACAAACUGUUAACUGGGAUUGGGAUCGAUGUAGGCUGAAUAAAUAAAGGUAAUAUCCCUUUCCAAGCUUUUUUACCUUAAGCAUUUAUAGACGUUAAGGAUAGGUCUCUAAUUAGAGGAGAUUGUUAGUUCUAUUGUUAAAUGAAUUGACAAGCGAUUAGUCCAGAAAGAAAUUAUAAUGAACUCUUUAUUAAGCAGACCCCCUGCAUUUCGUUUAAGUUUUCUCUUGUUAAAAAGUUUUAAGUCUCGAGUUGACGUUGUUCUUGGUAUUCUUGUUAUGACACUGAUAUCCCUGCACUGAUAACGCGCUUCGCACUUAUGAAGUAAAAUUUUUCCCUCGCGCUUCCGAAGGCCUGGUAACUGGUGGCCAGUCACCAGACCGUUGUCAAACAUGGCGGAUAAACUGUACGAUGUCUGUCCCGAGAAGUUACUGUCUCAAAGAGUAGAGAAAGCAACUGAACUCUUGAAUAGAUGCGAUAACUUGAGGAAAACAAUAGAAGGUUUGCCCAAGCUUAGGAGGAAGUUAUCCGCAGAGUUGAAAUUCCUUACAUCCUUAAAAAGCUCUGAGCAGACUUUAAAGCACUCUCACAUUAACAGCACAAACCUUUCAUUUCUUGAAGCUGUGUUACUGACUGUGGAAAAUGAGGCUGAUGUCACUGCUGUGUUCAAACCAUUUUUUUCCUUGGGACACAACUCAGCAGAGUUUAACUGCAUUGUAGAUAUUGUUGCCAAUCAUGGCCUCUGUUGGAUUAAGGUCACUGCACGAAAUGCAUCUGCACUGCACAGGAUAUGGCAAGGUCAGGGUAACUUCGGUGAUAAACACAUAGUCCAUCAAGUGAAGGAAUUGCUAGAAGCCAGUCAACAACACCCUGUGAACUAUUCAAUUCCAUUAGUUGUGCUGUCUUGUUUUAAUGGAAUCACAGAAUCUCUUGCAAAGACAUUGGGAACCUCUGGUAUCUGUGUUAAAGGCAAACUUCUACCAGAUCCUGGAAGUGAGGCUUUGACCCAUGUACAUAGUCCAAUCACACCUGACAGAACCACUGGUAAUGUCCAAGAGUGCAAAUGCAUUAAUCUUGAUAUCACCACCAUGGUUGCUUAUGUAUCUGCUCUGACCAAUGGCGGCUGUGGCUUUAUAUUCAAGGAAGCUGUUUUAACUAAACAAGCAAAACAGGAGCGACUUAAUCCAGUACUUCCCAUGUUAGAAACAUUUUUUAAAGGGAAAGAGUUAUUUGCUUGCCAGUCAGCAGUAAGAGAUUUCAGUGGCAUUUUGAAAACAGUUGGUGGUGAGAAAGAACAAGAACGGGCUAGGGCCCUGCUCGAGAGAGUCACAAUUGUCGAAGAUAAUCCAUCAGUUAGAUCCACAAACAUGAAAAUAAGUGCAAGUAUCAAGGAACGGUCAAAGAUUAUCUUUGGUACUGGAGACUCAUUGAAAGCCAUAACCACCACAGCAAAUGUUGCGUUCACAAGGGCAGCAGCUAGCCAGGGAGUUGAAUUCAGUGUAUUCAUUCAUGAAUCACGUGCCUUGACUGAGUCAAAAGAAUCCCGAGCCUCAUUAGCAUAUUUUGAACAAGAUGUCACGUGACGGCCAGUGACUGUGACGUGCAUGUAAGAGUGGUUUGGAUUCACUGUCAGAGAGGAGUGCAAGCUUGGACAAAGCUACUGGUCUACGGCUGAAAUAAACGUCCUGCUGAGUUGCAGCUACUGUUAUUACUUUAAUGUAGUGGCUACUAACAUUAAGAUGUGUGUCAAGAUCACAUUGCCGUAAACUAACUAUUUCAGUGCUGGUCAAAAGUAAUAAUUGGCACAGUCCUUCAAAACAGAGAAAUAAAAUUAAUGACGUUUGCUCCACUCAGCAACAAUGAA